AUGGCUUAUACAGUGGUUCUUAUGAUUUGCGACUGGGCAAUUACAUUUUGUGAUUUUUUCUUGGCUGAUAUUCUAGCAUAUGUGUCAAAGGUUGUCUCAGAUUUGGAGCAUUCCAUAUGUCCGAUGGUCAACAAGCAGGCCAGAAUUCAAAAGCCCAAAUUACUACUGGAUUGUGCAAACCCAUGUCUAGUGAUUUUUCUGUCAGCCCUCAAGUAUCAUGUAUUUCCUGAUAAUUGGACCAAUUUCUAUCGGUCCCUCUGGCUUCUAUCAAGUAUCAUUAAUUCAUUUUAUUCAUUUUACUGGGAUGCGACUCGUGAUUGGGACUUGAGUGUUCUCUCCCGAAUUUUCAAGUUCAUCACUCAGCAUUUCCUCACAACCUUACUUUACGGGAUUCAAUGGGUAUAUUAUUGGGUGAUUGGAAGCAACCUGAUUUUUAGAUUCACAUUUACGUGCAAACUUUCGGCCCAUCUUCGUCAUAACUAUCUGACAGUUCUCACAAUCUCAGCAUUGGAGAUAUUACAGCAAUUUCAGUAUAUUUUCUUUCGAGUUGAGAAUAAAUGGAACAAGGUGACAUCAAAACCGAUCAUAGAACUCUCCUCGGAAGAAACCCUGAAAGAGGAAGAUAUGCUACUUGGCAAUGAAAGUCAUAAUGUGUAAACAAUUUAAGCAUAUCUAUAGGUCAUCGUCUUUUUUUGCCUCUCUUUGUUAUUUUUUCUCUGGUUCUUUAGUUG